AUGUCACUUCCAGAAUCAGUUCUCUUUCAUCCGGAGCCGGAGACUACGAUUCACGCCUUGGUCUCCGGUCCGCCCACAUCCGCAGGGCAAUCAACCCCAACAACAGUCAUAUUUCUCCAUUACUGGGGCGGCUCCUCAGAGACAUGGUCGCAGGUCAAUUCUCAGAUAUCGCAGCAGCACCCCACCGUCGCGAUUGAUUUCCGCGGUUGGGGCAAAUCAGUCGGGCCACCUCACCCAGACGCCUAUUCAAUGUCACGGCUCGCGUCGGAUGUAAAACAUGUCAUCGCUUCUCUAAAACUGCAGCAAUAUAUACUGGUUGGCCUGUCGAUGGGGGCAAAAGUAGCACAACUACUAGCUGGGGAAGGCGAACUUCCUGGCUUGAGGGGCAUCGUUCUUGUUAGCCCGGCGCCUCCGACGCCCUUGAGCCUCCCACCGGAGAUGCGUGAUCAACAGGUGCAUGCCUACGACGACGCAGACUCGGCAAGCUUCGUAGCUCUCAAUGUUCUCACGGCAUCAUCGCCGUCUGGGGCUGCCCUUGAAUCUCUCGUCUCGGAUAUGCUGCGAGGGAAUGAGUGGGCAAAGAAAGCAUGGCCGACUUACGGAAUGGGAGAGGACAUCACCACUGCUACUAGCAGCAUACGGUGCCCAGUGUUGGUCGUGGCAGCUGGCAAAGAUAUUGUAGAACCACUGGAGAGGGUAAAGAAGGAAGUCUGCCAGAACAUUCAAGGGGCAAAAUUGGAGGUACUGGAGGGCUCUGGCCAUCUGUCUCCGAUUGAUUGUCCUUCCGAGCUAUCGGGACACAUCUGCCAAUUCAUUCACUAG